AACUAUUAAAGCAGCCCAAAACUCCUGGCUCAAUGGCAAGGUCUCCUUGCUCUCGAGCGCCCCCUGCACGCGAGCUCCGCAAUCGUUUCGCUUCAGCAUGCUGCCUGGGCGUCUGUUCCUGGUGGGAGGGGUGAUGCUGAGCUGCUGCACAGCCAGCUCACUUGAUUCAGCUCUAUCUUGGAGCAUGCGCCUGCAGCGCCGCGAAACCGCUCGCUCCUUGGAGCAGCUAAAAAGCGUGGGGGGUCAUCAGUGCCUCCGGGACAGAACCCAGUUCUUAUGUCCCUGGAGAAAAGGACCUAUCACUCAGGUGAAGCUGGAAGAAGCCACCAGUUGUUACUCCCAGAUGCUCAGGCAGCUCCUCCAGCUCUUUGACAUAGAGGCCAGCAGAGCUGCCUGGCCAGAGAGGGCGCUUGAUCAACUCCUAAGUAGCCUGUGGAGUGAGCUGCAAGUGCUGAAGAGGGCAGGAGAGCAGGGCCAGUCCUGUCCACCUCCUUUUGCCCUGGGCAUCCGCACCUACUUCCUAGGGUUCUUCUGCUACCUGAAAGCAAAGGCACACAGCCCUUGCUCCUGGGAGAUCGUCAGAGUCCAAGUGCAAGUGGACCUUUCGGCUUUCCCACUGUCUGCGAGAAGGAGCCCCAAGGAGAGGAGAAGCUCCAUGCUGGAAUCCCUGCUCUCAUGACAACAUGCUUCCUUUCUCCAUUCA